AUGGCUGCGGAGCAUACCGUCACCCAGGCCCUGCUGGAAUGGGUCAACAGUUUCGCCUUGGGUAAGACUAUCCGGACGACCGAGGAGUUAUCGGAUGGCACCAUCAUUUGGGAGAUCUUGCAGGACAUCGAUCCGCAGUAUUUCCUCGACGAGAUCCCCCAGCGCGCCCCGUCCGACCACUGGCUAUCCAAAUGGCAGAACCUGAAACAUAUCCACAAGUUGCUCGUCAACUACAUCCGCCAACAACCCGAUGGCAUGCCCACGGGUCUUGACCCCAAUCCCAACCUCGAAUUGGUCGCCGAAAAGAACUCCGUCAAGGAGGCCAACAAACUCCUGAAGCUCCUUCUGAUCGCCGCCAUCCGCUCCCCCAACGCGCAGACCUACGUCGAGACCCUUCAGAGCCUAAGUACCCCGACGCAGGAGACCCUGAAAAACAUCUUCGAAGAAGCUCAGAAUGGUCAGCAUGAGGCUAUCGAUGGCGAGGACGAUGUUAAGGAGGAGCGGGAUCUGCCCGUCGACCCGGAACUGCAGUUUGAAGAGCGGGUAGGAAAGGUGUUGGCGGAGAAUAACCGGAUGGCGCGUGAGAAAAAGGACAUGCAGAAACAGAUCGAUGAUAUGCACGAUCGCCUGGCGCGCCUCCAGGAGAACAACGAUACCUUACAAAGCCGGCUUGCAUCGACCGAAGACCGACUAGUCAACUUGAGGUCUGGGAAAGGUGAUCUUGGACUCAGCGCAAAGGCUCUCGAGUCCAAAUCCCGCCAACAAGAAGACAUUAUCGCAACUCAGGAAGCAAGGCUGGCUACAGCGCAGGAUGAGAUCGACAGUUUACGCAUGACGGUGGAGUCGUUACGCGUCAAGAACCAACGAUUCCAGAAGCUUCAGGAUGACUAUGAUGAGCUGAAGACUGAGCGAGAUCAACUCGCUCGUAAGGCAAAUGCGGCCGAAAAGUACCGCCAGAAGCUGCAGGCUAGCCAGGACUUCGAGAAGGAGAACCAGUCGCUCAGGAACCAGAUCAAAGACUUCCAGCAACAGCUGAAGGAGGCGGAUUCGCAGCAGAAAUGGAACUCCGAGCGUGAGGUGGAGCUUGAAGAAUACCGCAGAGUUUUGCCUCGCAUUGAGCAGGAGUGCAGUGAAAUCCAAAACCUGAAGAAGCAGCUCGAGUUCAACAACCAUGCUCUCACAGAGCGACUCAGUAACGCCGAUGAGCAGCGCGAACGUGAUGAUGCUUUGAUAAGCGAGCUCCGUGAGCGAAUCCGUGAACUGGAAGGUUCUCCUGGAAGCCCAUCCCUGACGCCGGGUACUGAAACUCCCAAGCUCGAGGGCACUCUGCAGAAAGACUUUGAGGCGAUCGGUGUGAAGGAAUCACAGCUGUUAGAAGACCCUAUGCUACAGCGACGGAGAUCUAGACUAACUCGCUACAGGAAAUCUGAGAAUGAAGAGCUGAAGAAGGAAGUGGAAUCUCUGAAAGGGCCAUCCGUGGGCUUGGACUUUUCCGAAGCCUUCAAUGAAACGCUGCAACAGGCCCGCGCAAAUUCUUCGCAGAGUGAUGAUUACUGGAAGUUGUACGACCAGUAUACAUCUGCCCUCAAGAGAUUGGCCGAGGCCCAAGAAGCUCUCGAUGUAUCCAAGAGAUCGCUGAACGAUGCGCUGGCGGAAAUUGAACUCUCCAACAAAGAGAACAUGGAUCUGAUUACCGAGAUCAAAGCGAGCAGCGCAUCGGAUUUGACUAAGGCUCGUGAAGGAGAAGAUGAUGCUAUGCGCAGACUGUACAAUUUGCAGGCCGAGCUUGAUUCAACCCAGGCUCUGGUCCAGGUCACAUGUGCCGAACGUGACGAUCUGCGAAACUUGCUCGAGAAGAAGCAAGCGGAGUUCCGUGCGGAAGAUCAUGAAGCCGCAGAGGAAAUGAAGAAGCUGCUGGCCGAACUCACUGCACAGGAAAAUGGCGAUGAUCCCGAAGCCGCCCAAAAGUCGGCUGUAGAGCUCAUCAGACAAGUCGCCGCGCAGAUUGAAAAGAAUCUGGAGAGGCUGGCGAAACGUGCAGAGUAUAUCCAUCAACAGAACGAACACAUCAAGUUCCUCCAAGAGCGGAUAAAGCAACUUGAAGAGGAUACGGAUGAUGGAAUCAGCAAAGAGCGCGAGCUCGAACUCCAGAAGAUCAUCGAUGCUCAAGCGCGGGAGCUGACUUUGAUGGGCUCCUCCUGGUACGAACUCCAGAAUCGAUUACAGAACAACAACAUUGGCUUGGCCCGGUAUCGGAAUGGAUCCCUGGCCGAUGCUCAGAAGGGCUGGCUAGCCAGGCAAAGAAGCGUGGUCGCUGGUCGAUAA